AAGUCGGGUACUUUCCUAAAAACGGGGGUACUUGGCUUCCCCUGCUUCCAAGCCGGGUGUCAUGCUGAUAAGCUUUAACCUAACCUAGGAGAUUAGCGAUAAGAGGAUGACCUAAGCCACAAUGACAUAUGACAUCGUGACGACGCACAGAGGCUCAGCGUCGGUUUUACAACUACAUACCUAUUUCCAAUUUGCUUUUUAGCAAAGGUGCUCUUACCGAUGUCAUUAUGCAAUAGAAUAACCUAGAACCACAUGCAGUUAGGGACCCAAGCUGAGCUCGAUACCUACCUAGCCUAGCUGUUAGUUACUGGCAAUGGCUCCAUUGCCUCGUAAUGUUCUUCGGACCCGCUUCAACCCGCCAUUGAUCGAUUCAAUAUCCCUUCGGGUGCCGAGACCUCCGCCAAACGAAAUAUAUUCAACACCAUUACGACCUUCAAGUCUUUGUUUUCUUACAUAGCUGAUAUAACUAUUUCACAAUGUCGAUACGAAUAGCGCUUGACAACCCCCCGGAGUUCUAUACGAACCUCGACUACAUUAGCGGCCGAGUGAUCUUGGGUUUAUACCGGCCCGAAACCAUUGGCAAUGUCAUUGUCAAGCUCGAGGGCGAGUCGCGUACCGCCCUAACUAUGCCAGCGACGGGCGACCGCGACGAGUACAAUCGGCCCCGUGCUCCUGGUGCUGGCAGUGUUGGCAAUGUCGUUACCGAGAACCACAAGAUUCUAUACCGCGUCUUUCAGGUCUAUCCAGACGACGGCGCUGCGCUACCUCUCCAGCCCGGCCAGCAUGAAUUCAAGUUCAACUUUAAGCUCCCCCUCAACAAUAUCUGUUACGACGAAAAGGCCAUGGGCGCUCUGUUGGGCUUAGGAGGUCUGGGGAGUGGGUUUCGUACUAUGGACGGCACAAAACAGCUCAUGCUGCAGCACGUUAAGGCUACUCUACCCCCUUCGCUCACGGGUUUCCCUCAGGAGGCCGAAAUACGUUACUAUAUUAAGGUUACCAUACAACGCCCAGGAUUCUUCAGGGAGAAUUGGCGAUAUCAAGUCGGCUUCAAGUUCUUGCCCGUCGAGCCACCCCGACCGCCCAAGACUAGCCAGGAAGCCUUCGCCCGCAGGCCCUUUACUUUUAGACCACGCGCCCCAACCCACCAGAGGAGAUCCCUCUUCGGCGGCAGAUCAUCAGCAGCGAGUCCGCUAGAAGAUCCCAACCAAAUGCCUCCCUCGAUUGAAAUGUCAGCACGGAUACCGUUUCCCAGCAUAUUAACAUGUAAUGAACCCCUGCCCCUCCGGCUGAUCGCCCGGAAACUGGCGCCGACGACGACGCGGGACCAACAGGUGUACUUAACGGCGCUCGAGAUAGUUUUAGUUGGGUAUACACUUGUCCGAGUGCACAACCUCGAGAAUACAGAACGCACAUCAUGGGUCAUCCUCUCCGCUCCGCAAGUAUCUCCGCCAAUCACACUCUACGACAAUCCCGCCGACCCCGUCAAUGCUGAAUUCGAAGUUCCCCCCACCCUCUGGAAAGACCGACGUCUCCCCAACACCAUCGCACCAUCCUUCCGGACAUGCAACAUCGCGCGGCGCUACGAGAUCGAAAUCAAGCUAACGCUAAGCUGGGGCCUACCCCUCCCUGGCUCCAACCCCUUUUCAAACCAGAAGCAGGUACCGCAGUCUAUCACUCUUCCCCUGAAGCUCUCCAAAGUCGAUGUGUUCUCGGGAAUUUCCCCGCCGCGAGAGCUCCUGAAUGCUCUCGCCGCCAACAGCUUUCCAGCCCGGCCGCAACUGCCCCAAAGACCAACGCCUCAGCAGCAGCCGCCGCAGCAACCGCCGCAGCAGCGCCUGAACGUCAUCGCCGACCCCUUGUAUCCCCCGCAGUUAGGCACUGCGGGCGCAGCUAUGUUCGAAGAGGCACCGCCCAGCUACGACGAGGCGAUGGCGGAUUCACUUGCCGGGCCCGCAGCGCGGCCCGCGUACAGCGGGGUCACGGCCGAGAACGCACCUAGUACGAUGCCGCCUGAGAAGUCAUGAUCACCGUAACGGGUACGGUAUAUGCUUAUGUGGUAGUUUGUAUUACGGGCGGAUAUGUAUUAGGUACAUAGGGUAUGCGACGGAUUACGAGGGGAGUAAAAGGGAGUUUAUUAUAAUGUACAAUUACUCGGGUGUUGGCGCAUAACAAAACACGGGAACAGCGAAGCGAAGCGAGGGAGCGACGGAUGAUACCCCUCGGAUUACUUGGUUGGUACGAAUACAUAGCACGUAUUUUGUCGUAGCGUUUAUGGAGUAGAUGUCGGCGUGGUAGCCUUGUAUAAGUAGAUAGAUGGUUAUGGAAGGUUGAUAGCGGUUAGGGAUUUAAUGACUAAUACGAUUUAACAUAUUUAAGAUUGGUUAA